UUAUCACAUGUUAACGUACGUAUAUUAUCACUGAUAUCAUAUAAUUUUCCGUUGUCGUGAAAAAAACUGCAAAAUAACCGCCCGGGUUUCGAACCCGGACCCACCAGCUCCAACGCGAAUUAAUUACCACUAGGCCACCCCGACCACUUGAGUACUAGUAGUUAUUUUCACCCAUUUAACUUUAUAAAUAAAUAUAAAAAUAUUUAAACCGCAGUAUACUGGUCAUAUUAUAAUAUCAUUAGGAUACUUAUAACUUGCAGCUGCGUACACAAAUAAUAUCGAUGAAUACACCAUAUAGGAGACAUUAAGUAGGCAUUAGUGAAUAACCGUUAUUAAGUCUAAUAAUUGUCGCAGGUAUUGACACGUCAAUCAAAUAAAUACAACAAUAUAUUGCCAUUAGAUAAAAUGCCAUUAGGAUUAUUCGAUAUUCGCACGACUCGUGUCGCCAGGAUGUGAUAUACUUAUUGAUAUUAAAAUAAACAUUUAUUACACUAAAGGUUUUAUUUAAUGAAUGUUAAGAUAUUAAUAUAUAUUAUUCACCGGCUCCGUUCUUAAUAGCCGCCUCUCACCAUCAUCCCCUCCAGCUCUUCUAGGAUUCACGGGUCAAACCUUAUUCAAUUAAAUAUACUGCAAAACCAUUUAUAUUGAUUGACAAUAAGAGACAUUAAGUAGGUAUAUUUUGGCGCUGUCUCGAUAUUAGGAAUAGAUCAAUUAAGAGACAAUAGGUAUCCUGGUUCAAUUAAAUGCCCAUUUUAACGAUAGUAAAAUUGCCUUUAGAAUAUUCUUUAGUCACCAGGAUGUCGCAUACAUACUUUUAAUAGCCACAAUGGCAUUUAUAUUGAUUGACAAUAAGAGACAUUAAGUAGUUAUUAGUGAAAAAACACAUUAAAACCGAUAUUAGUACCUUCUGCCGGACGUAUACAAUUAAAUAUCAAUUUUUCAGUAUUAUCUGCCCCACUAAAAUCGCUCUUACCUAUUAGUGAUCCUUGACUGAAAGAGCCGAUAGUCUUUUAGUCCGUCUACUACGUUACACCGUUGUGCACGUAUACGCUCCGUCUUUAAAAUUUUUAGUGAGUUACAAAGUGUUUAAUAUCUUUUAAAUCAGUACGUUUUAAACCGGUGUACACGUAUACGCUCCGACUUAAAAAUUUUUUUUUUAAGUAUUUAUUUUCUUUAAAAAUUAUUUGCUUUUAACCAUGGCUGGUUCAAUUGGAAACAUGGCUGCAUUAUACAAGAAAAAAUUUAUAUACGUUCCGCCUACGCCACCGUCCGAACUCAUUGAAUCUGCAAAUUUCACGAUCAAUUUUACUGAACGUAAGUUUUUACAUGUCGGUCUGAAUCCUACAGAGAAAUUCGAUGUGUCCAUACUAAUAAUUACACCUUCGCGUUUCGUUAAAAUAUCUGUGGACCUCUUAAGACGUAUUUUUUCCCUGAUGGGGAAUAUAUUGUCGUUUAUUUUGGAUCAACCGCAAAAAUACAAGCGGAAUUUAUUUCUGGAAACAGAAAUUAUUUCGAUGUCUAGUAUGGUGUAUCAAGGGGAAAAUAUGCUUGUCAUCGAAUCAAAAACACAAGCCGGAUGUCGAGUAUUGCUAAGUCGCACAGAUUUAAUGCAAUUGCAAUAUUUAGAAUGGUCGAUUAACGAAACAGUCGUUCGAAAGUCAACCAUUAUACGACCACUUGUCUUAAAACAGUUUGAGACUAUGGGUAAUUAUUUGGACCAGGAAUUUACCAAAGUUGAUUCACCACCAAAGACACCCGAAGAAAUGAUCGUUUUUAUCAACAAUUUAAGUGAUGAUAAAAUUAUUGGAUCCACUCCUAAAGAAGACAUUAAUUUCAUCAGUCAACUGAAAAUGUAUGCUUCAUCUCAAUUAGCUGAACAAUGGGCGCAACGAUGGAAUGGAGAAAUGUCACCAGAGUUAUUCACCGAAUCUGAAAUGAGGCUCAUUUCACCCCCGAGAUAUUCGAGUAUGUCUCCAAUGCACGAAGACCUUUCACAAGCAAGGGUAGCUGACGAGGAACGUGGUAUCGAUGAAUUUUUAACACAGGCGACAUGGGCACCAGCUCGGAAAACAAAACUAUUGCCUAUUGAUGAUCCUGGCAGUCUACCCGCAUCGUUUGAUUCAGACAAUUUUGCACAGCCCCCUCCGUGGUAUACAGCGCCUCAAUAUAUUGAAUCUUCACCACCAAGUCCUGCAGUUGAUGAGAAUGACGGUCCAACGUCUUUCAACCUCUCACCAUCAUCCCCUCCAGCUCUUCUAGGAUUCACGGGUCAAAAGUUGGCAAAAAAAAAACCAUCUAUGCGGAGCGUAAAACGCAAACUAUUUUAAUAUUUGUACUAAAUUGAUGUGAAAAUAAAAAUCAAGCGUGAUACUUAAAACAAGUUUUUUCAUUUAUUAGAAUAUAAGGCACAAAAUAGUUAUAAGGUAUAAAAUAUUUACAAGGUAUAAAAUAGUUAUAAAAUAUUUACAAGGUUUACAAUUUUCUAACAUCGCCACUAAACGGGUUGUAAGUUAUAAUCUGGUCAUGUAGUAUUAAACAAUAUGCUGCAGUUUUUUCUGGUAUAACUGUAUCCGUUUCAAAUUCAAUACGUAGAUCUAUGGUCGACGACUUCACAUUAUCGUUUUGACGUGAUAAAUCAACUACGACGAUUGGAACGUAGUUUUGAAAAAUGUGUUUUGAUAAUAAUGGCUCGCAAUAAUCUCGCUCAUAAUACGAUUUUUGAAAGUCUG